UGACUGCUGUGGUUCAGAAGAGGUUUGGCUUCCCUGAGGGCAGUGUAGAGCUUUAUGCCGAAAAGGCGGCCACAAGAGGUCUGUGUGCUAUUGCCCAGGCAGAGUCUCUGCGUUACAAACUCCUCGGAGGCCUUGCGGUGCAGAGAGCCUGCUGUGGUGUGCUGUGGUUCAUCAUGGAGAGUGGGGCCAAAGGCUGCGAGGUCGUGGUGUCUGGGAAACUCCGAAGACAGAAGGCUAAAUCCAUGAGAAGUAAUCCACGACUUCAGAAUGGAACACGGGCCCUUUCCCCUCUUCCUGUGAUCAAGCCAUUGGCCAACGUUUCUGUGGGGAUGCCUAUAAACCACCAGAAAUCAGACUCUUUGGAGAUGGACCCUGAGUUGUCGCCCAGCUGCAGGCUCAGUGACCUGAGCAGAGGGGGCAGUCUGGAGAGUCGAAGUAGCAGUUCUCGCUCCAGAAGUCUCACUUCGGAUGAUGAGAGCCUGAAGUACCUCACGCAUGAGGAAAAGGACGUCAUCCUGUUUUUUGAAGAGACUAUUGAUUCCCUGGAGGACGACUUUGAGGAGCAAGUCCUAUGUGACAGUGGGGUGCACUGCCAGUCCCCACAGUCUCUGGAAGGGAGCACUUCCAGCCACUUGGAGCCAGAAGAUGUUAUUGACUUAGUGCAGCCAGAGCCUACAGCUGGGGAACCUGAGCGCCUCCCAGAUGUGACCGAAGCAGCAGGGGCUGGGCCUGAUGGAAAGGAAGACAUGCCCGUGCUGGAAUGCGGGACACAGGCUGUGCAGACUGCUCCCCCUCCAGAGUCCACGGGUCCACAGGCCCUUCCUCUGCUGCCGUCCCUGCCUGUCCCUGCAGCGCCGGCCCACCCCAGGAAGGAGCUGCUCUCUGCUCCUCCAGCCGAGCACCCAAAACUGCCCCGCUCGGUUCCUACUCCACUGGUCAUUGCCCAGAAAAUUUCUGAGAAGUUGGCAGGAAAUGAAGCACUUUCACCCACCUCCCCCUCCAAGGAGGGCAGGCCUGGAGAAUGGAGGACACCGACGGCCGUGGCCCCUCGAAACGGAGACCACUUGUUGUGGCACAGACAUACGACACAGCCUGCACCCAAGAUCCACCGUUUCCCGAGCAACAUCAGCGUGACCAACAGUGCCGGGAAGGAGUUCAACAAAACCAUCUCCAAGGCGGCAGUCAAUGUGCAGGAGCGGAAGGCCCGGGUCCUGGCCAACAUUAAUGGUGUCUCUUACCUCUCCACGGGAGAUGCGGAAGAUCGGGCCCAAAAGGGUGAUCUCCCUGAGCAGAGGAGAAGCGUCUCUCUGGAGCAGGCGGCAUGUGACCAGAGCAAGCCGAGCCCCGUGCAGGAAGCUGUGUCCUCCAGGGCAGGAGGGAAGAGCAGCAGCCAGCAGUCCAGAGGCGUGCAGACGGAGCAGGCCCCACCUCUGGCCAAUGGCUUCCAGAGCCUCCACGACGUCCUCAAGAGUGAGCCCAGUGCCCUUUUCUCCACUGGGAAGACUGUCACCUUCCGCCCGGACCCGGCUCUCACCAGUAAAAUUGCACGCCAGAACGCCAGCAAGAGUCUGUAUGAGCACCGGCAGCCGGACUGCGGCCAGGAUGCUAGGAAGCGGUCGGGUUCGCUGCCCAGGGCCGUGGGGUUCAGACCCCAGGGCAUCACCGUCCAGUUCGCUGGCCGAGGCUCCACUGAGGAAGCUCGCCGGGAGGCCCUGCGGAAGCUCGGCCUGCUGAAAGAGAACUUGUGAUGGACCAAGCGUGGGGGCUGGAGGGGGGGCAUCGCUGGGUUUGUUUGGCCUGAAUGGCUGUGGGUCGUAAAGGCAAUCACAGCAGUCCCGACGCCGAGCCCUGCGGGGCACUAGGGAUGCGGGUACCGGGCGGGACCCCGCCGUCCAGGCUGCUGGUGAGAACGGCAAGGCUGCCCUCCCGCUCCACCGCUGAGCUGGGACGUCCCAGUGUAGAGAGGGCCAGCACUCCGUCUGCCGCUUCCAAGAACUCGGAGAAUACCCUUGAAGACCUAUGGGCUUCUGUGGUUAGUAGCAGCUGUCUAUUUUGUGGAUUCAGGAGGAGGAUUGGGUCUGAUUUGUUAUUCUUGGGUCCCUGAUCUAGCCUUUGAUCCCAGCCCCGACAUGAAGGCCGCUCAGGUCUCGUGCUCAGUUCCCUGAGAUAGGGAUUUCCUCUCCUUUUCUAAGAACAUGUAAAACACUGAGUGUUAAAUUUUCAUCGUGUCUUAAAAUACAUUUUUGGUUUUUGGUUUUUGAAGGGUAAAGGACAGUAUGUUAGCCCUAAAUAUGCCUUUGCUUCUCAAUAUAAUUUGGUUUGCCUAGUUUUUUUUUUUUUUAAUUGAAAAUUGAAAUGAAACCUUUAGAGUAUGAUGUCCUAUAAUUUUGAGUUAUGGGAGUGUGGAAUAAAAAGGUCGCAUGUGGAAAAGAUGGUAAUUUAAAGAAAGCAAGUCUCAUCACACUGGAGGGUGUGUCACUGGGAGUAUGUGUGUGAGCGUCCAUUGUGUAUAUACAUGUACAUGAUAUGUUUAUAGAAACCCAUUAACAUAUACUUAUAUAGAUGUUGUGUGCACAUACACAUUCAUCAUUACAUACGUGUAUACUUCUUAAAACCCGAUACUAUUAUUUUUUCCUCACUUGAGGACAUUCUUGCAUUUAUCUUCAGAUAGAGCGGGAGGGAGAGAGGGGGAAGAGAGAGAGAGAAACAUCGAUGUGAG